GGCCUCCCGAUGGUUGAGCCACAGUCCAUGACAAGCGAGUUCUCCCGGUUCAAGGCGAGUUUGCGCAACAACCCUAAUGCUACUUUUGAGGAUGCUCUACGUAUGACUAUGAACACAGAGAGUCAAACAGAAAAGUGCAGUUUAUCUUCAGUUCAAGAGCAGCUGUCAAAAAGUCUUACAGAGCAUGACACUGUUGGAGCUGUUGCUAUGGAUUGCCAUGGCAACAUAGCAUGUGCGACUUCCACAGACUUCAGUGAGAGACACACCCAGGGACAUAACAACAGGAUUCUACACUUCGACUUUGCUCCAGGUAUCCCACCUUCCUAAAAUAAAAAAAGAUAAACUCUUUGGGAUUAGGACCAUCGAGUUUACGUGCCCCUUUAAUAAAUAAGAGAUGAUAUGAGUUGAUAUAAUAUUUCAAUUUUAAACUCUCUUAUCAAGUUUGUAAGGGUGACUAUCCUAAAAUAAAAUAAAAAAACAUGACUGAGUUUACGCAGUCAAUACUUUCGCAUAAUUUAAGGUUGCCUCGAAGCAAGGGGGAAUUUUAGGCUUAAAACAUGGUGGUUUUGGCUGAGGUGCUGUGCUUGGUAAUAGACAAAGUACAUACUAUAGUAUGGUUGGUUGGCUGGUUGCUGGCUGAUAAUAGCAUGAUUAACCCUCUUGCACUGUGCUCAGUAAUAAGUAAAAGCUAAUCAGCCAUAAAUAGGGCCAAGCGAUUGAACAAAUCCAUAGAAAUAUUUACAAGAAAAAAGACUACCAUUUGCUAACGACAGUUUAUGCCUAUGCAAAUCAACGGCUUCUCUAAAUCACGGAACCUACGGAAACGUCUCUAAGGCGCUAAA